AUGUUUCGCUUCCUUCCACGGGCUGCCUCCGGCGCCUCGACCGCCCUCAGCGUCCACCGGAGGCGCAUCCCUGCUCUCGCUUCUCUCCCCGCUUCCAGCUCUUCUCUUAUCCAAACCCGCAGCCUCUUCGGCGCCGCAGCGGCGACGACGGCGCCAAGCGGCGUCAGUCCUCUCGCGCGCUCUCCGGAUCUGUCCAUUCCGCAGGAAGCGUUCAACCAGUCUCCCACGAUCACCACGACUUUGCCGAACGGGAUUCGCGUGGCGACGCAGCGCCUCCCCUUUCACCAGACUGCCACCGUCGGUGUGUGGAUCGACAGCGGAAGCCGCUACGACAGCAAAGAGACGAACGGCGCUGCGCACUUCCUCGAGCACAUGACUUUCAAGGGGACCAAGAGAAGAUCGCGCAUCCAACUCGAACAAGAAAUCGAAAACAUGGGGGCGCACCUCAACGCCUACACCUCUCGCGAACAGACAGUCUACUACGCGAAGGCCUUCAAGAAAGAUCUGCCCCAGUGCGUCGACAUCUUGUCGGACAUUCUCCUCAACUCCACCAUCGACGAGGAGGCUGUCCAGAUGGAAAAGCACGUGAUCCUCAGAGAAAUGGAGGAGGUGGAAAAACAAACUGAGGAAGUCAUCUUCGACCGUCUCCACACCACGGCGUUCCGAGACAGUCCGUUGGGUUACACGAUUUUGGGCCCUGAAGAGAACAUCCGCAACAUGACUCGAAGUCACAUUUUGGAUUACAUCAACCGGAACUACACGAGCGACAGGAUGGUCAUUGCGGCUGCAGGCGACGUCGACCACAAAGAGCUGACUGCCUUGGUCGAGAAGCAUUUCGCCGCAGUCCCUCAACCGAAAAAGAACAAGAUCAUCUUGCCCACCGAAAAGCCGUUCUUCUGCGGCUCCGAGCUCCUCCACAGAAACGACGAUAUGGGCCCCCAUCGCCCAUGUCGCUGUCGGAUUCGAAGGCGUCCCGUGGAAGUCCCCCGAAAGGCGGAUCUUUGCCUCCGUUGUGCGUGGGCCUUCGCAGAUGCAGUGACGUUCAUGCUCAUGCAGGCGAUUGUUGGAAGCUACCGGAAGCACGACGAGGGAAUCGUCCCGGGAAAGGUCUCGGCCAACACGACUGUGAGGAACGUGUGCAACAAAAUGAUGGUCGGCUGCGCAGAAAUGUUCUCUGCCUUCAACACUUGCUACAGCGACACCGGCCUCUUCGGCUUCUACGCCCAGUGUGACGAAGUCGCUCUCGAGCACUGCGUCAUGGAAAUCAUGUUCGGCAUCACUUCCCUCUCCUACGCCGUCACUGACGAAGAGGUUGAACGCGCCAAGGCUCAACUGAAAACGCAGCUCUUGGGUCACCUCGAUUCGACAACGGCAGUCGCUGAAGACAUCGGGCGUCAGAUGCUUGCCUAUGGACGACGCAUGCCUCUCGCUGAGUUCCUCAAGAGGUUGGAGGUGAUCGACGCCGAAGAAGUGAAGCGCGUCGCGUGGAAAUACCUCCAUGACGCUGAAGUCGCCGUCGCCGGGUUGGGCCCUCUCUUCGGCAUGCCGCAACUUAUCAACAUCCGCCGCGCAACCUUCUGGCUGCGGUACUAG